CCUGUAUUGUGCGCCAGAUACUGGUAAGGGCAUUGUUGUUCAUCCUCGAAAGUGGCACAAAUAUAAAUACGACAUUAUUUCUUACACGAAAACGAAACAGGGAAAACUAAUUUAACAAAUAGAGACAUAUGUAGCGCUGCCGCUAGCUAGCUUUCAGAGUCCACUUUUUGAGAGAGCUCAAUCCAAUGUGUGGUUUGGCUGCAGCGACGAACCAGAAUAAUCUCACUCUGCUGGUGCACCCAAUCCAAUCACCAAAUCCAAAGGAAAUUCAAUGUACAACAAAAUUAAAAAGAACAUCUUAUAAUUUGUCUCCUCCUCCUGCAUAUGCUUGAGCUAUACUAGCUUAACUAGAGGUACCAGCCAGCCAUGCGGCGGCUGGUUGACGUCGUGGAGGCGCCGGCGCUGGUGCUGACGCCGGCAUGGGCGGCCACGGCCUCCAUGCAGCAGGCCGGCGGGAGCUCCGGCGCCUUGGACGCCAACAUGGUCAUCGUCCUCGCCGCGCUGCUCUGCGUCGUCAUCUGCUCCCUCGGCCUCAGCUCCCUCAUCCGCUGCGCGCUCCACUGCGCCCGCGGCCUCUCACCCUCACCCGCCAUGGCGACGCCGGCAGCUGCCACCACCACGGGCGGGCUGAAGAAGAAGGAGCUGAGGAGGAUUACGGUGGAGGUGUACGGCGCCAAGCAGGCCGGCGUCCCCGACGCCGAGUGCGCCAUCUGCCUGGGCGACUUCGCCGACGGCGACAAGGUGCGCGUGCUCCCCAGGUGCCACCACGGCUUCCACGUCGGCUGCAUCGACACGUGGCUCGCCGCGCACACGUCCUGCCCUACUUGCCGGGACUCCAUUCUCUCCGUCCAUGCCGGAGUCACCGGCGGCCAAACAUAGCUAGUAAUAUAAUUAAUUCUUUUGUAUGUAAUUUCUCGAACAGAAGAGGUCUACAAUGUGAAUAGAAUAUAAAUUGGGAUUGCGUAAAUGCAAGGGGUUGGACACAAUGUUUGCAGUGUCACUGUCACUUCUCACUUGGAUUAUCUGUUUAGCUGUUUCUAUGAGUUUUCUCCUUUAAUUUGUGUGCUAGCACAUGAUUUUUUUACCCCA